CGGCUGAUUUAUAACUUUAGCCGUCGACUGCUUUAAUAAUGGCAGCGUCACCAUUUCAGAAGCCUGGAAGGAGGCACAAUAGGCUGAGAACGGGCAUUGCUCCUAACAAAGAACCCAAAUCGAUCCCUAUAUUUUUAUCCAUCUUCAAAUUUGAUGGUUGUAGCUCAGAACCUUUUGAAGGAUUCACCGAUGACGAUAUUGCGCAAGUGGAGAUCAACCUUCCGAAGUUUUCGUCCAUCGGUCAGACUGAAACAACAACAUCAGAGUCUAAUGAAAAAAAAACUGAUCCAGAUGAAACAAAUUUUCCUGCAGAAUCUUUUACAUUUUUGGACAAGAGUAGCGAGACCUCUAGAAACGAGGAACAAGAGCAAACAAGCGAUUCCCCAACAACAAUCAAAUCAUCUAGAGUCGUCAAAGCCUCGCAAAAACUGAAGGAAGCUACAGAAUCUGACCUAAUAUUUACCCAAGCCAUUGGCGGCAGGAUUUCUUCCAAAAUUCCAAAAUCUAUCAGUGCUAUUUUAAAUGGAAAUAUAGAUAAUUUGAAUAGUUCAAAUGAGUCAGAUAAGGAGCAUAAAGUUUCUCGCGCUUCUUUAUCGAAGCAAGACGAAGAACUUCUGAAAAGCGGUGACGCGAUUGAUCUGGUUACUCCAAUUUCUAGUGGAAGUACAGCUGUUGACAACAUUGAAGUUGUCAUGAAAAUAGAACCAAAUUUGGAACUGUCACCUCGACAAACACGCCCAAAGUUCAAAAGGGUUAAAGCUAUUAAAUCGCUAGCGGAUACCACUACUAAGGAACCUCAAAUUAACGAAAGUUUUGAAGGCCAAGAAUCAAAUUUUAAUGCAAAAUUAGAUCUCUCCGAGAAUAUAAUCACUUCAACGUCCAAUGAACUCCUGCUAACAGAAAAGAAGGAUGAGGAAGUAGAAACUAACAAUGAUAGAGAAAAUGAAACCAUAGUUAGUAGUUCUAAUAUUACCGAAGAUUCAAGAUUGGCACUCACUGAAAUUAAGGUGGAACCUACGACAAGCCCGCCCAUGGUAACAGUUGAUACUGUAAGAGUCAGAAAGGAAAUCCAGCAAGAGUUGGCUAGAUUAGCUAUAAAAGAAUCGGACUUCCUGAAAACAGUUUUGAGGAGCAAUGAUAAAGCCACAUUAGAAGAUCUACUGGGAAAUCCGAUAGAUUUUAGCGCAUGCUCUGAAGAGGCGAAGAGACACUAUGUUGAAAUUGGAAUGUGGCUUACUAAAGAGGAUUCCAGAAAACUUUCCUUUUUCAAGGCAAAGCAAAAAAGUGCACGGGCACCAAAUUAUAGCCAACGAAUGACAUCAAGAAAAGCUUUACAAAAGUACAAAAACGCUCAAACCAGGAUAAAUGUCGAGAAAAGUGAACCAAAGACAAAGUGGACAAAAGAUGCUAACAUUGUAAGCGAUGAUCUUGACAGUGUUAAACUUGAAGCUGAGAGCUACUCAGAAAUUGAAGGGUCGAAGCGAAUGACACGAGCUAGACUGUUUGGAUCUCCCGCGAAAGCUGCCGAGGAGCGUAAAAGUCUCGACAUAAACGAAUUAUAUAAGGAGCAAAAGAAAUCAGAGCCUACCAAAAGGCCAAAUAAAAGCCUCACAAUGACUAGUGCGUCCGCUUUGAUCGGAGAAAAACUUGCGAAGAGUAUGAAAAGAAAAGUUAAAGGCGAUAAAGUUUCUUCAAAACAGAUCUCUUCUCACGCAAAAAAUGAAAUCUAUGAUAAAAACCAGAAUAAAGUCACGGGCAGUGGUUCGGAAAAAGUUGAAAUUAAUGACAAUUUUGAAAAAGUGGGAUCCGAACCAAGUAUAAGCGAAAUUAUUGCAAAAGAUACUGUAUUGAAAUCCCAGAGUCUAGAUUGUUUUCUCUCGACAUCGCCCAUUUUCAGUUCCGGGGACUCACAAGCAAGUUGCGACGGCCAGGAAACGGACCGAGAUAUAUCAGGGGCGAACAAAAAUAUGAUUUGUAGAACCAAGCAUGUUAGUCGAAAUGAUGCUCUUUUUGUUGCUCCUGAAGAUUUAAGAAUACCAAAGUUGAGAUUGAGUGCGAUUGAAGACAAAUCGAAGCUUGUCAUUGAUAGAAGUUUGCCUCCCGAUGAAAACGAGGAGUUUACUCCUGGAAAUAAAUCGGUUCCAAUUUCUCAGCCCGAAGUUCAAACUGUGCUUAUGACUAAUGAAGCUCCUCUCGUUCAUGACGAUGAAUCGAAUAAAAAGCGAAAAAGAAGCUCAAAAACUCCAACGGAAACCGAAAAACCAGCAAAAUGCGCACCUGUUGAACAAGCUACUGAAAAUAAAUCACAUGCCGAGAGUUGGAUUCCUGUUAAUCAUUCUUAUGUGACAGAAAACAUAACAGCAAAAGAAUCAGUAGACCUGCGUUUGGCAGAAGAUGAAAUGACUCGAUGGAUUUCAAGGAUAACUAUAGGAGGUAUCGGAAACAUGGUUGAUAGCUUGGGAAUUUCGGAGUUGGAGCUGCGAUUUGUGAAAUCGGACAUGGCUUUGAAAUCUCUUGCUGAACCUUGUGGUCUUUGUGAUUGCUGUGCUAUGGACCUUCAGUGCAACGAGUGCGCUCAAUGUGUAAAUGGGCCGAAUGAAAAGCUACCCAAGUGUCCUUUCAAAAUGUGUCUUCUGCAUGUUGUUAUAAGAUACCUCAGAGGCGAUGCAUCUACCAAAUCCAAUCUCAGGGAGUUGUCAAAUCUGUGGAUAUCCAACAGAAAAGCCGAACUAUUGGUUCAUAAUAUCUUGUUCCUCAGAAAGUGCAUCACUUCAAUGGCCGAUGCAAUGCCUCCCACGCCUCCCAUAACAAUACCGAAAUCAGUGAAGUCAAAAACAGCAGUUGAGGAAAAUAAUGUGAAAGAUGUGCCAAAAACUCGGGCCAAAACAACAAGCUCGAAAGCGAAGACUCAAUCAUCAACUGGCAAUAUUUUUGCCCUUCUUGGCCAAAAGUUGGCUAGCUCGCGUAAGCGACCGAAUCCCAGUACAAACAGCAAUAUAGAAAGAAGCAAUACCAAAAUAAGUAGUAAGCGUGCAGUUGAACCCGAAACAUCUUGGAAAAUUUCCGAACCUCAGCCAGCGCAAGAAGUUGGAAAAACCUUAAUAUCAGGAAAAACCAAUGAAAUGUCACCUGCCUCAAAGGUUAUUGUUUUGGAGAACAAAGAACCUGCGGUUUUCGAAUCAAUUAAGCCUCUUUUUCUCUCACUUAACGAUUUUGAUUGCAUGUCGGAAUUGUCUUCUGUUUCUUCUGAGACGGAAUGGAUAGCUGUCGAGUUUGCUGAAGAAGAAGUUGGCGCAACUGAUAUUGUUGGAAAUAAAAUUAACCGAGUAUUUAUCCCUGAUCGAGUGAAAGGCACUAUGAAAUCGUGUGCCAAUGGAACUCCCGGACAUGGCAACAGGAACCCAAGAAUGACAUUAAGGUCAUCAACCGAUUCGGCCCUUCAACUGGCCUUUCCGGGGUAUGAUUCCGCAUCUUCCCCUGGCAGGUCGUCUGGCGAAGGAAGUCCUCCUGAUUCACCAGACGAGAAGUACUGGAGCUUUGCAGCUGCAGCGGCGUCUAUAAAUUACGAAAAGAGUGACCUGAAAGUGUCAGUUGAGAUUCCUGACUACCAUUACAAUGAUAGAAUGUACCUUCACAAACAUGGAUUGCCAAUCAUUGGAACAGCCCAGUUGCCAGUGGCUUCGGUCUGUCUGAUAUGCUCCAGUGGGGGUCAAGAACCUCUUCUAUAUUGCUCAAUUUGCUGCGACCCUUUCCACGUAUUCUGCAUAGACAGAAAAUAUCGACCGGUGUCCCAUGACAAGGCGUGGAACUGGGUGUGCAGAAGCUGUUUCUCGUGUAGGGUCUGCGGCCAGGGAACCCAGCUGGUCGAAUGUUUCGUAUGUCAGACACAUUACCACCUGUCUUGUUUAUCACAGAAGGAAGGUGACCGCAGAAUAGUCUCCUCAAACUGGAAAUGCCCACAAUGCCUGAGAUGUGAGUCGUGUUACGGCUUUCCGGAAACCCAAAUUGAAAUGAACGGUGUCUCACACAAUCUCUGUAAGUCCUGUUACAAGAAAAUCCAGCAGGGUCAGUACUGUCACCUUUGUCUUCAAGUAUUCGCAACCCCUCUUUUUUCGUUGAUUGAAAACCAGCCGGGCAGUUCGACGACAGAUGAUGAAACAGAAUCGAGGACGACGGUGUCGAGUAGUGAUUUUGAUGAACCGAGUGGUCUGAUUGACGAUUGUGGCGUGCUGCAAGAUCAGUUGGAUCCGAACUUUGAAUACAUCAAGUGCAACAGCUGCUAUAAAUGGAGUCAUAAAGAGUGUGAGAAACUCACUGAAGAACAUUGCGACCUUAUCAAAGUCAUGAUGAACAGAACUCAAUCGUCUAAUAAGACAUCCCAAGACUAUCUCAACGAUGAGAACCCUUCCACGGCUUCUGAUUGCAUUCCAUUGGCUUUGAAGAAUGUGCGCUUCAAUUUCCAGUGUUUGGACUGCACAGAAGACGAAACUAGCUCGUGGCUGUAUAAAGUUCAAGGGUUUCUCAGGGUGAACUUAAAGAACAUUCUGGCCUGUUUAUUGCGGAAUAAGAAAUGCCAUCACUUGGUUGCGGUGAAACCGGCAUCCUCUGCUGACGAGCGCAAACUGGUUCUGAAUGAUGAAAAGAAAAAAAGUGCCGAGUCACGAAGCAAAGAAAUAGGAUUGAGGACUCUUGUGGCGUCGACCAAAAAUGGCGACUUCAACUCGCUUUUAGAAUUCCAUCAAGCUGUUAUGGGGAUUGUAACGUUUAGUGUUGAAGUGCAAAGCAAGUUCAUACAUUUGACGGAUGAAUUUACGAAAUCUUAUUUCUAUGAGCUGAAGAGGAAUUUUCCGUUUUUUGAGGCACCCCUUAUUGAUGUAUACAAGAUUCAGAAAGAGUUGAGGCAAAAGAGAACUGCAGCUGGAAGUAUUAUGAACUCUGUUGGAAGUCAGAAAAGUGUUCAAGUUGUAAACGAGCACUGCUAUGCUUUGUCAGGAGCGCGCAUGUUCGAUCCAAAUGCAGUUGAUCAAACCUCAAAUUACAUCAACGAAAACCGAGAACUUGUGAUAUCAACAAGUUCUAGUACCUUUGACGCGGCUUCGAAUAGCAUUGGAGAAGCAAGCAGUGCCCGAAAAAAGCUUGGCGAUGACAAAAGACCAUGCCAAUUGUGCAUGUCAAAAGGAGACAGACCCGAAAAGCUGGAAGGCCGACUGAUGUACUGUGGUCAGGACGAAUGGGUACAUGUGAACUGCGCUGUCUGGUCGAGCGAAGUGGACGAAUGUGAAGCCGGAUCUGCCAGUCUUCGCAAUGUGUUCGCAGCCAUUCAUCGUGGCAAGUCCAUGAGAUGCGACUUCUGCAAAGAGCAUGGUGCAACAAUAGGCUGCGCAGUUAAUCAGUGCAAUGUGCAAUACCAUUUCACGUGUGCGAGACAGACCAACUUUGUGUUUUUGGCAUGUGGGAAGACAUACUGUCUACAACAUAGACAUGUUCCAAAUGCUGACCAAAUAGUAGUGAAAGACUUCAGGGUGCGCAGACGUGUUCAUGUGGAUCUGGAGGAAAUCAGAUGGAAAAAGAAAGGCGUUAAUAAUGACCCGUUGUCUAGCUCAGUCAAAAACAUAACAUUUAAUCACAAUUGUUCCUCUCAAACUACCGGAUUGAACUCUACAUCAGUUGCAGAUGAGCGAAACAACAACGCAAUAGUUUCUGAUGUUCCACUGUCGACACAAAACAAUUCGUCUCAUAAUCAAUCAAGUUUGUUCUCUAAUGCCCAACUGAACCUGAAAGACGUGAGAUUACAAGUGGGGUCUUUGAGAGUGGAAAGUGUUUGUGGAACAAAGAGUGAAAAGAGCAAUAAGCUUAAUGCAAAUCCACUGUCGUCCUUGUCUGAUACAAAAAACGCUAUUAUACCAGUAUCAUAUGAAGCAACGAGGCUUUUCUGGAGCACCAAAGAGCCCACUAGUCGGACAUUGUAUCGCCUCUCUGUGACAGAGUCUUCAGUUCUUUCGUCAUCAGACAGUGCUAAACAUUUCACAGAAAAAGCCAGGAAGCUUUCCUCUUCGUCAGAUCCUCUCAACUCGAAAAUACCUGAACGGCUGAAAAUAAAGCAGAGAAAAAGAUCGAGCUCAUACACUUUUCACCCGAUUAAUCAAGAUAUGUUAACAUAUUUUAAUGUUCACUCCAAUUCGCGCAUGUGUCCAGAGUUUUCAUCUGGAUUAGAAUCCGAAGUUGAUCUCAACAACACUACCUUUAUUGGCAACAGCCCUUCAAAAGGCCUGAAGGCUGAGGAGUUUGAUCCGAAAUGUUUUAAAAUCUACCUCAGAAAUCACUCAAUACAAAACUUCAUGCAGCAGAACGCCACCUGCUUGGAAUCAAAUCGCAGAAAAGAUGAAGAAGAGUCUUUUUGUCAUAUAUGUGGAGCAAAUAUUUCAAAAAUUGGAUUGAGUGAACAUUAUGCUGUGUGCAGCAGAUUGGCAGAACGCUUCGGCAAAAUAUUCCCCAAGUCAGCCUGCAGUUUUUACGACUUUUCAUCUCGCAGAAGGAAGGACAAUGAGAGUGCGUUGCUGAACCGAUACAUGCAAUUCGUGAACAAAAAUAGUGACACAGUCUCUACGGAUGAGUUUAUGAGGAGACAGAGACAACUGAGACGCAAAGUUAACAGAGGAGCUCCUAGACUCCUCUUCAAACUGAAGAGUGACGAUGGUUUUGAGAUACAGUCUCACUCUUUGCAAGUCUGA